AUGGGGACCUUCUGGGAGAGGACACUGACCAGGUCCUGGGCCCUGCCCUGCUGGUGGGUGAGGCUGGAGGACCUGGCCCCCGCCGUGAAGGAGUCGAGUGAAACAUCUUUCAACCUGAUAUCAGAAAAAUGUGACAUUCUCUCAAUUCUCCGGGAUCAUCCUGAAAACAGGAUUUACCAGAGGAAAAUCCAGGAACUCAGCAAAAUGUUCACCGCAAUCCGCAAGACCAAGGGGGACGGGAACUGCUUCUACCGGGCCCUGGGCUAUUCCUACCUGGAGUCUCUGCUGGGGAAGAGCAGAGAGAUCCUCAAGUUCAAAGAGCGUGUCCUGCAGACCCCCAAUGACCUCCUGGCUGCCGGCUUCGAGGAGCACACGUUCCGAAACUUCUUCAAUGCUUUUUACAGUGUGGUGGAGCUGGUGGAGAAGGACGGCUCUGUGUCCAGCCUGCUGAGGGUGUUCAACGACCAGAGCGCCUCCGACAGAAUCGUGCAGUUCCUGCGCCUGCUCACCUCAGCCUUCAUCAAGAACCGCGCGGACUUCUUCCGACACUUCAUCGACGAGGAGAUGGACAUCAAGGACUUCUGCACUCACGAAGUGGAGCCGAUGGCCACGGAGUGUGACCACAUCCAGAUCACGGCCCUGUCUCAGGCGCUGAACAUCGCCCUGCAGGUGGAGUACGUGGACGAGGCGGACACGGCCCUGAACCACCACGUGUUCCCCGAGGCUGCCAGCCCUUCCGUUUACCUGCUCUAUAAAACGUCCCACUACAACAUCCUUUAUGCCGCUGAUAAACGCGAUUAAUUUUAGGCCAUGAAGUGGAGCCUGUCACCUAACGGGGACUGCGUUCUGAAUGGAACUUUACGGCUUUUCCAUUUUUUAAGCGAUUUAGACUGUAGUUAGAAAACAGAACACACAGCCUUUUGGGCACAGUCCCUGGUAAGAAUGAGGCUUACCAAUUACGGACUGUGGUAGUUGGGCAAUAUUGGGCAGAGGCACCUGGCUCUGCUCCAAGUGCCUCGAGACCUCGGGUAGGUCGCCUCCCCUCCCUGGGCCUGUUCGUCAUCUGGAGGAGUUUCUGCCGCACUG